AGAAGCGGAUCUGUGCUCAGGAAAAAACGCUGUGGCAGCUUUCAGUGAAGAAAAACAACCUUCCUCACCGAGUCGUGAUGAGGUGAGAGAGAGAGAGAGAGAGAGAGAGAGAGAGAGAGAGAGAGAGAGAGAGAGAGAGAGAGACCACCACCGUGCAGGAUAAACCGGCUGUCCCCCCUCAGAGAGACCGUCCCCGACGCCCACACUUCCGGACUGGAGCCUCUGGAGGCAGCUGGGUCGGGAUGAAUCCGUCUCCCAAUGCUGCUUGAGAUGAGGAUAAGACGACGACGAUGUUCGUAGCGUUCCAUUAGAGACGACCUGAUCGAAUAAUUAUCGGUUAAUCGCUCAGCAGUCAAGGGGGGGAUUCAGGCUUUGGCCAUACACUGUCUGUCUGCUGUCAACUGUUGCUGAUUCCCACUGUAAAUGAAUCUUGUAAGGUUUAUGAACAACCGUGUUCCUCCUAACAAGAGAUACCAGCCCACAGAUUAUGAGCAUGCUGCCAAUUGUGCCACGCAUGCGUUAUGGAUAAUCCCUAGUCUGCUGGGCAGCUCAGUGUUGCACUUCCAGUCGGAGGACCAAUGGGAGCGGCUGUCGGCCUGGGUGUACGGGGCGGGGCUCAGCUCGCUCUUCAUCAUCUCCACCCUGUUCCACACUGUGGCCUGGAAGAAGAGCCACCUACGGUCUGUGGAGCACUGUUUCCACAUGUGUGACAGGAUGGUGAUCUACUUCUUCAUCGCUGCCUCUUAUGCUCCAUGGCUGAACCUGCGGGAGCUGGGUCCUUGGGCGUGUCACAUGCGGUGGUUGGUUUGGGUCAUGGCCUCGUUUGGAACCACAUAUGUCUUCUUCUUCCAUGAGAGGUAUAAGAUCAUGGAGUUGAUCUGCUACACGGUGAUGGGAGUUUUUCCUGCCAUGGUCAUCCUCUCCAUGCCGGAGCAGGCGGGGUUGUGUGAGCUGCUGUUGGGCGGAGCCUGUUACUGUAUGGGGAUGAUCUUUUUCAAAAGUGAUGGUAUCGUCCCCUUUGCUCAUGCUAUCUGGCACCUGUUUGUUGCGAUGGGAGCUUCCAUACACUACUACGCCAUCUGGAAAUACCUCUAUGCCCUGCCACCCAAUGAGGUCCAGACCUCCAGAUGACAUCACAGCUGACCUCACAGGAAGUAACUCUUGUAUUGGAGCAACUCUAAGGGGAUGAUGUGAGCUGUGUCCUGGUACGGGGGCUGUCUUCUUUGGAAAGUAAAUAGCUCAACCCUCCUACUCAAAAUAUACUCACAGUAAAGCCUCAGUAAUAAAACGCAAAGGUGCAUUCAGGUAAUCAUUCUCAGCUCAUAAAGCCAGUCUCAUCACCAGAAGUUGCACUGAAUUAGUCCACAAAGAUGUAACAACAGCACAGGCUGUAUAAAUGAAGUGGAAAUGUGUGACUGUUGGUGACGUAACCUCACUUACCUGGUGAAUAGGAUGUGUUUGAAGAUGAUUUCUGACUUUAUGAGCUGAUGAACAUAUUUGAAGGCACCAUUAAGCAGUUUCCUAGCAUGACUUGUAAAAUACUGGGGAUAAUUACACAAGUUGUUUUGGCAAAAUGUGUCAAAAGCUAUGUCUGUAUUUGAAGGAAGCUUUACACGAAGAUAAGAACCCUGCAUGAACUCUUCAAAGGAGACAGCCUGUGAAUUGGAACAGUUUGUUUAUUGGUCCAGUUCAGUUCAGUUUUAAGUGAUUUUUGCAGGUAACUUUGGUUUGAUUUAAAUGAUCAGGGGUUAGACAUGUAUUCUUGGAGGUUUCUAUGUCUGUGUUGCACAUCCAGAUUCAAUGUCAAGAAGCUGAAUUGAAGGCAUUGUCUCAUUGUUGAGAAAAGGCCAAUGUUUGAAUCAGCAGACUUUACUAUCAUUAUUUCUUUAAGGACAUUAUUUUAAAUAGAAUUAUCAUAAUAAAUAGAGUGUUUUGUUUUAGUUUGACUAUAUAUCAGAAGUUGCAGCAGCAGUAACUAACUCAGAGCGCUAGAUAGUUUAAUUACUAUUAUUGUUAUUAGUUGUGCUUUAUUCACUGUAGGACACUGGUUAAACAGCAGUUGCUUCAGUCGGUAAUUUACUGUGAUUUUCAAACAAGCAUGACUGUAGAAAGAUCUUUUUAUGUUGAACAUACAGAUAUUCAUGGUUUUAGACAUGGAGAAUUUACCUGUGUGCUUCCACAUUUAGCAGGCUCUGCAGUGUAGUUUAUCACGCUGAAUUUGAAUAGUUUACUGUAGGUGAUUAUAGUUUUAGUGAGUGAAGAUGUCAUCAGAACAAUUUAUACAGUAUAUAUUUAUCAGUGAUUUGGAGUAUAUGUUGAUUCAUCCAUAUUUUCUUCUAAUGAGCUGAAUGUGUCAGCUAUCUUCAACUUAUUCAUAAAAUGAAUUCACAAUGUUCACAUGGCAGUCUUUCCCUCGUAGGGUGGGAAGCUCAAAUACAGUUUUAAAGUUCGUCUGUUGAGGUCAAGGCUUCAAAUGAUACAAAAUAUAAACAAAUCUGUCAGGUUAUUAACAUUUCACCACUUCUUUAUUAAUUUGCAACUGAAAAGAGAAAUUACAAUGGGAAUCUGGCUGGGUGUUGUCGUAUCUUGACCGCCCGUGAUGUGUAGAUGCAGAAGGAAUCUUCGUGACACUGGCUUGCUUGCAUAGUAAUACGUUUAUUACAAGAAUCAAAACCAGUAUCGAACAAGCAUCGCAGAAUGCUUGGGAGAACGGCUCUGCAAAUCAGCUGACUCCCAGAAGGCUGUUGACCAAUACCCUUUAUAGGUCUGAGAGCCAGUGGCAUAGCCAACUACAGAGCACAAACUUAUCUUAACAUCUGGUCUUUUAUUGUACUGUCCUUCAGCUCUGCUGACUUAAGGGUCGCAAAAACUUGUCCCUGCAAGUCACAAAACAGGAAAGGGGUCUCUAUCUCAAUGUCCCUGAGUCUCUGAAACAACAUAGAUUUCUCCUUGACUUGUUUUAUGUCAGAUACUUAAGUAUUGCUCCAUUAUUGACUCAUUAGGUGAGUACAACCAGGCCAUUACAACUAACAGGCAUUAACCAACUGCUAGCAAACAUGACGCUAGCAUAAAUGACAAUGAACUACUUAUAGCUUCUUGUAAUAUAAGUUGAAAGUAGGUUAAUGCUAAUGUUAACUGUCUACUGACAGUAACUUAUAGGUCAUCAAGACUUUUUCUUCUUGAAAUAUGGUCAGAUGGCCCUCAUCAUUUUAACUAUAAGUUGUGUGCGUUGUUGAUCAAUUGAGAAGAGACUUGUGGUGAUUUGGAGCUUCGAACACAGCAGCACAACCUCAUACAACAGGGUGACCAUGUUUUCAAACCUCUAAAUAGGGAUGCUUUCAUUUUGUUGCAAACCCACAGGAAUGAGCUCAUAGUAGAAUUUGACAUUUUAUCAGUUCACCUUUCAACACCAUUCAAAGUGCCACUGACGCAAACGUUUUCAAAAGAGCUUUAAGAGAGUUGCAUCCUGAAGCUCUUAGCAAAACGCUCACCCCAUUUUCAGCAUGACAGCUCGCCUCCCUGAUGUUACGCAGCAGGUCCUGGUCCAGGCUGCUUGCAGCGGGUUCCCAUGGUCAGUAUGAUAAGCUGGACUGGCUAAGCAACAGCUGCAUGCUGUAAUUGAUUAACACAAGUACAAACAAGUCAGUAUUGAACUUUGACUCGGAGUGUAUUAGGGAUGUUUUUCUAUUGGUUUUAACAUCAACAGCCUUGGCGAUGACAUUGAUUGGCAUACAGUCAAAUCAGUGUUGCAAGCUUGGUGCUUUUUUUGGUAUUUCAUUUGGUUGAAACCAGUACAGGGAUUGUUCAAAACCAGGACAUAUAAGUGUUAUGUAGGUAUUUGUUGGGACUCUGGAAACAGAGCUUGAAAACAAGACGGUCCUGGUCACACCGGGACAUAUGGUCACCCGAUUAAAACAGUAUUUAAGCUCCCCACCUUGAGCUUGACCUCAAAGGGAAAAUGCGGCCAUUUGAAUUUGGUGAAUGGGACCCAUUUGCUAGUUUUAUUAAAGCUACAGAGGGGAGAACCACUGUCUGAUUCAGCACUGCCAGACCUACCGUCAUUACUGAUAGCACACUACUACCAUAGGCAUCUCACACUUGAAAGGAAACUGAAGCUAUAGUAUUGUUGAACAAUCUGGCCCAAUAUUAAGGCAUCUCAGGUGUAUGUGUGUGUGAGUGAGUGUGUGUGUGAGUGUGAGUGUGCUCUACUAUCUGACUCCCAUGAAUCCAAAGCCUGUAAUCGGCUGAGUCUAUGUUUACACAUUACGCAUGUACCUUGAACACAUACAAAGUAUAUUUGAAAUAUAUAUGUACUCUUAAGUGUUAAGCUGUAUGCGAUAGCACACGAUAUACUGGACAAGCUUUUAUAGAGUGAUUAAUAAGGCUAAAGGACCAAAAGGUUGUACCUUCUCAGUUUAAUUACAGGUGUUAAAAAAAGUGUGAAAAACCUCUCUUCCUUUUGGACAUCUCUCUGCUGGCUGUCUCUCAGGAUUUGGAUCAUUUGGGCUUAAAUGCCUGUGAAGCCACAUUCAAGGACCACUAAAGCUGAACCGAUGUUUUAGUGCUGUCUGCAGCAACUAAAAUGAUCAAAUAGCUUCUUUCUUUAAUGCUGACACCACUCCUUACAGCUUUAUUUGCUUACUCUCAUUUUCAAUUAGAGCAGCAGACAUAAAUGUCUUUGAGCUUUACUUAUGGGUGAUAUUUACAAAAUAAAGAGAAGCUUUAAGUCAGUUUAAUAUUCAAUUUAAUAUGGGAUUUACACAAACAAUUAGAGAUAUGACAGCACACGACGUCUCCGUGGAUUAUUAUUAUGAACUAUUGAACUAAAUUUGCUCUAAAAUGAAAAUAAAACAUUUAAAUUUGCAUCCAAACUAUAGCCAAAUUGUCCAGUAUUUCAUAAUAUAUAGCAGAAAAACACAAGUGAGCAGAGAGAUGGGAAAUACAACACUACCCUUUUUGUCAGAGGUAUAACACUGAUAUGAGGUAUAAAAUAAAGUAUUAUGGAACAAGUCUACAGUUUUAAAGAAAGGAGCAGAUUUGUAGGAACUGUCUCGUUUGUUGCCUGACUGCCCCUGAAAAGGUCUUUGAUUUUAAACCUAAUUAAUAAACUAAUGAACAAUUUUGCAGUAACAGUUUAUCAACCAGCUUAUGAAUGCACCAUCCUCACUAUGUAGGGACCAAGUAGAAAAUAACACUGACAUAAAAAAUGAACCAAUUUAUUCUUCAUUCCUUUUGUGACAUUCAGUCAGCAAACAUUAGAAUCAAAAAGAACCGGGGAAUAUUAGAACUAUUGAUAUAUAUUAUUUUACUUAAAACAAUAUUGUGUUAUUUUAUCUUAUGAUCUUCAGUUCUUUCAGUCAUCAAAGAGUAAUUUAAUGUGAAAAAAAAUGUUAAAGCUGCCUGGAGAUGGCAUUUAUCACUGUAGAUAUGUCCAUUUCAAAUCAAACUCUUCAUAUUUAUUCUCAAAUCUAAGAGUACUUUUUAAUAUUUGUACUCGGUUUACUUGAGCCUCUGAGAAACAAAAUUCUGGAGUGUUUACUCGGAGGGAUAAUAGCCUAUCAUUGCCAGUAUUUUUUCACUCUCCACACACGGAGGUGAGAUGAAGUAUUUGAUUAUUUGAUGUGUGUCUGUCUUGUCUUGAUUAUUAUAUCUGUCUCAUACAGUGCCCACCUGACUUUGUAUAGAGAUUUAUAAACUCUCCAUGAUGUCUUCAUGGACCCUCUGUACAUUGUUUCUAGACACUCUGUGAUUGUGGAGCUGCUGACUCUGUUCUCAGUGCUGCUGGUGUUUUCUUUCAGAUCGUAAGAGACUGAUUAUAUUAUAUCUCAUUCUUUCUCUCUCUACUUUUCAAAUUGGGUUGUAUGUGUCUGUGGUGCUUUUGUGCUGUGACAAGCCUAUAUGAUGCCAACAAUGCUUUUAUCUUUUCUAUUUCUCUUGUAAUAAAAAGUUUUUCAUGCAGUUUA